UUUUUUCACUAUAAAUUCCCCUAUCCCUCCUCUAUACAUUUUGUACCAUCAAUCUAAUUUUGGAUUUUUACAAGGAAAAUACAUUCAAAUUGUUGAAAUAUUCAAUGGAAAUGAAGAGCUUUUUCAUAUUCUCUGUGGUUUUGUUGCUUGUCUCAUUCUCUGUUAUACACAUUAAUCAUGCUAAUGGUGCUGAUUUUAUAAACUACAUUGUCAAUCCUGCUAGGAAGUUACUAGACCUACCUGAUAUUGGUGAUGAUGCUGGUGAUGGUAUAGGAAAUAUUGGUGAUGGUAAUUUCUUUGGUGGCGGUGAUGGUGAUGGUACUGGUGGCUUUAUAGGUAAUGUUGGUGAUGGUAAUGGUGGCGAUGGUAAUAGUACUGGUGGUGAUGGAUCAGAAAACAGAAUAGGUGAAGGUACAUGUUCAAAUAACUUCAUUCAAGUGAACCAAGGUCCAUCAGCAUCACUUCCUAGUGGUAUUCCAACUUACACUGUAAUCGUGUUAAACGCGUGUUACUCAGGGAGUUGUAGUAUUUCCAACAUUCACUUGAGUUGUGGUUGGUUCAGUUCAGCUAGGCUUAUUAAUCCGAGGAUUUUUAGAAGAUUGAACUAUAACGACUGCCUUGUUAACGAUGGACAGCCCCUCGCUGCUGGAGAAUCACUCACUUUCUCAUAUGCAAAUACGUAUCCUUAUAAACUUGCUGUUUCUUCCAUUGUCUGUUAAGUUAGAUGGACUGUGUACUGUAAAAAUCUAGCUUCUUUUGGUAUGUUAUAGCAGUGUUAACUUGUCUAUGGUGUAGUGUUAACUUGUCUAUGGUGUUGCUAGUAUCUUAAUGGUGUAAUGCAAACAAUAUGUAUUUCUAUAUCUUAGUACAAUUGUCUUUUGUAGUGUCUCAUCUACUCUAUUUGGGAUGUUGUAAAGUUGUGUUUGUAUGACCUAUAUCGCAAAUGUAUAUAUUGAUUAUGUUGAGAAGAAGCUAUAACUAUACAUCAAUCUAAAACUAUUGUUGUCGACUAUUGUUAAGAUAUGAUGACCUGAGUUCAACUAAACUCCAAACACUAGCUCAUGAGGGAAGAUCUGUUCAAGUCUAUAUCUAGAGACCAAAUUCCUAUCCCUUUAUCGAUUUUGGACAUUUAACUCUUCCCGCGCGUCCGUAUCUCAAUUUGUGUGUGAACACUUUUAAAUGGAGCCACAUCAUUGGUGAACAACAAAUUGAUACGGGUUUGGCUGUGUUACCAUGUUAAGAUACGAUAUAUGAGCCUAGCUCAACCCUAAAAACGCUCGUGAGGAAAGUUUUAUCCAAGUCCAUUCAAAGAAGACCAAAUUUUCAUUCCUCUACCGCCGAAACGAGACAUUUAACUAUAUAUGAUCAUGUCUUUCAUUUAUGCACAUCAAUAACAUAAUAUUAAAACAAAAUCAAAAUUUGAUCCUUUCUAUAUUAUAUAAGGGAACAUAACAUAUCAAACACUGAAUAAUCAAGAAAUAACAGACAGAACACAAUAAGUUGAAAGGAAA